CCGCUCUAGUUGCGCUUCGCUAAUGAAAAAUCGAAUUUUUCGCCUCAAAUCGACUGGAGUUUACACGGGCAAAGUAUUACAGAAGUUAAACUCAAGGCGUUACACAACAUGCAAUAAGUAAAUACAAAGAAGAACUCAAAAUGUCGCAGAAAGAAUUGGCAGCACUUGUCGCCUCCAGAACGAGCCGCAAGCGCACCGUGCCCUCUUCCGUCUCCCCAAUGACCACUCGCUCGGAACCGAGAUCUAUUAUCGAGAUACAUAUAUCCAAUGACUCCUCGCCCACGAAGAGAGCUUGCCGGGAGGCGGAGAAGACGACUGCCAGGGCGGAACAGCCGCAGCGGCAGGAAGACGAGAGCCAGGGCCAAGUGCCCCCGCUGACCGAGGAGGAGCAGCAGCGGCACAAUGAGUUCCGGACCAGUGGCUCGAUAUUCCUGCAAGAUUUGCCUUGCUUCAAGCUGCAACAGACCCAGCCGCCUGCGGGUUCCUCGCCAAUUCCCAAGUGUCGAGAGUGCCGCAGACGAAACCUGGCCACCAAGGAGGGUGAGACCAGCGCCGUAAGCGAUGUCUACUGCCGGUUCUACGAAUUCCGACGCCUGCAGUUCAACGAGAAGGGAGAGUUGGGCGUGGUCGGUUUCCCCAAUCCCUACAGCGAACCCUCGCCGGAGGACAUUGCCAUUUGGCAGCCGGAUAAAGAUACGGCCCCGACAAGCGGCUAUAUGGACAUACAGGUCUGCAGGUACAUCCUGCUCCAUGCAGGCGACCAGUUUUGCUAUUUGUGGCGCCAGGAGGCGGAGGCUCUGCGGUUGCACCAGAAUCCGGACGGCACCAUCGCCUGGAAGAAGGCCGUGAAGGGCACUCGAGAGAUAUGCGACGUGUGUGACACCACGCUGUUCAACUACCACUGGACCUGUCGCAAGUGCGGCUUUGGCGUGUGCCUCGACUGCUUCAAGGAUCGCAAGGAGGGACAGCGUCUGCGUCGUGCCGAGAACGCAGCCCAGAAGGGUUGCGACGAGUACCACUGGCUGCUGUGCACCGAUCCCAGUGGGCCCCAGGAGCACGCCCUCACCGAGCUGAUGCUGACCCAAAUCAUAGCCGGCGAUGCCCUCAACGUCUUGGGCAGACUGCUGCACGAGGUGCGCACCUUGUGGCAGGUGCCACAGGUGUGCGGCUGUCUGCUGAGCAAGCAGGCGGUGGAGGACGCCCAGCUAAACGAGCUGAUCCAGGAUAUGAUUAAGGAGUCGCAGUUGAAGCAGCACACCAGCUUCUCGUCGCUGGCCUCCGAGCAGAAGCUACACCAGCAGCAGCGCCUCGAUCAGUUGCAUGCCAAGAAGCUGGAGUUCGCCAGGGAGCGCGGCAUAGAUUACGUGCCAGGCAGAGUUUGGACCAAGGAGACCUUAGGAAAGGACCCCAUUACCACGGCCUUUGACAAUUUUAAGCACAUUAACUUUCUGCGGAAGGGAUUGGCCGGUUUGAGGAGGUUCCUUCCACCCAGAGCCAUGACUUUGGCCCACUCCACCCAGUUGGCACCAGGAGUCCCUCACGAGUGGCUCUGCGAUGGCAAGCUGCUGCGCCUCACUGACGCCAUGCAUCCGGAUAAUCGAGUCCUUUACCAGGAGGUUUGGAAAUGCGGCCAGCCCGUGAUGAUCUCGGAGGUGGCUCGCUCUUUGAACUUGGACUUGUGGCAUCCACAGGCCUUUUGCCGCGACUUUGGCGACAAGCCCAAUGAUCUUAUUAAUUGCUUGAAUGGAAAUCUGGUGCCCAAUCAGCCCAUGCGACAUUUUUGGGAGGGCUUUCAGUGCAUGAACAAGCGUCUGCUGGAUGCCCAUGGCAAGCCCAUGCUCUUGAAGCUCAAGGAUUGGCCGCCCGGUGAUGACUUUGCCGAAAUACUUCCCACCAGGUUUGCUGAUCUGAUGAAGGGUCUGCCCAUGCCGGAGUACACUUUGCGAACGGGCAACCUAAACAUAGCCAGCUGUUUGCCCAAGAUGUUUGUGCCACCCGAUUUGGGACCGAAGAUGUAUAACGCCUACGGCUCGGCCUUGCACCCGGAUAAGGGCACAACCAAUCUUCACUUGGACAUAUCAGACGCAGUCAACAUAAUGGUUUAUGUGGGGAUUCCCCAGGAUGGGGACACUAAGCCGCAGCUGGCGGCCACACAGAAAGCCAUAGCUCUUGGCGGAUGUGAUUACAUUACUAGAGCUCGUUGCCAAUCGCCAGAUGUGUUGCCAGGCGCCCUAUGGCACAUCUUUCCCGCUCGUGAUGCGGAUAAAAUAAGGGAUUUACUUAACCGCGUGACCCUGGAGAAGGGCUUCCGCCUGGAGCCCGAUCAUGAUCCCAUUCACGACCAGAAUUGGUAUUUGGAUGACAAGCUGCGCGCUCGAUUGUUCAAGGAAUACGGCGUGGAGGGGCAUCCCAUUGUCCAGUGCUUGGGAGAUGCUGUUUUCAUACCCGCUGGCGCACCACAUCAGGUCCAGAAUCUCCACAACUGCAUCAAGGUGGCCGAGGACUUUGUCUCGCCGGAGAACAUCACCCACUGCUACCAUCUCACCCACGAGUUCAGAAGACUUUCGCACUCCCACACGAAUCACGAGGACAAGCUGCAGAUCAAGAACAUUAUCUACCAUGCCAUCAAGGAUUGCUGCACCAUCCUCACCAGAGCUCUGGACGAGCGAAUCGAUGCGGAAAUGGAAAAGCUUAAAGCCGUUUAGAUUUCACUAUCAUAUUUCAUGUUUUUAGUUUUUUUUUCUUUACAGCAAAUUAUUUGCCUUCGUGUUCUAACCUUUAAGAUUUUAAUUUGUCAAAAAUUCAAUAAAUACGUACUUAAAAACAA